CCCAAGGCACCAUGGCUGUUCUCGGCGUCACCAUCGUCCUGUUGGGGUGGGUGGUUGUCCUUCUGCUUGUCUCUGUCUGGAAGCAGAUCUACAGCAGCUGGAACCUGCCCCCAGGGCCUUUCCCACUCCCCAUCAUUGGGAAUCUCCUGCAGUUGGAUCUGAAGGACAUUCCCAAGUCCCUCGGCAGGCUGGCUGAGCGCUAUGGGCCGGUAUUCACUGUGUACCUGGGCUCGCGGCGGGUGGUGGUCCUGCAUGGCUACAAGGCGGUGAAGGAGGUGCUGCUGAACCACAAGAAUGAGUUCUCGGGGCGCGGUGAUAUCCCAGCCUUCACAGAGCACAAGGACAUGGGGAUUAUCUUCAACAAUGGACCCACAUGGAAGGACACUCGGCGGUUCUCCCUGACCACCCUCCGGGACUACGGAAUGGGGAAACAGCGUAAUGAGGACCGGAUCCAGAAGGAAGCCGGCUUCCUGGUGCAGGAGCUGAGGAAGACACAGGGUCAGCCCUUCGACCCCACCUACAUUGUGGGCUGUGCGCCCUUCAACGUCAUCUCGGACAUCCUUUUCAAUCAUCGCUUUGACUACCAGGACAAGCAGGCGCUGCGGCUGAUGAGCUUGUUCAACGAGAACUUCUACCUGCUCAGCACGCCCUGGAUCCAGGUUUACAAUAACUUUUCAAAGUAUGUGCACUACCUGCCUGGAAGCCACAGGAAGCUGCUGAGAAAUGUGUCUGAGAUAAGACAGUACACGUUGGCCAGAGUGAAGGAGCACCAGAAGUCGCUGGACCCCAGCUGCCCCCGGGACUUCCUCGACUGUCUACUCAUGGAGAUGGAGAAGGAUAAGCACAGCACAGAGCCCUUGUACACAACAGAGAAUAUUUCUGUGACUGCGGCUGACCUAUUCUUUGCGGGCACGGAGACCACCAACACCACCCUGCGCUAUGGGCUCCUGAUCUUGCUGAAGCACCCAGAGGUUGAAGAAAAGCUUCAUGAAGAAAUCGACAGGGUGGUUGGGUCGAACCGGUUGCCUUCCAUCAAGGACCGGCUGCAGAUGCCCUACACGGACGCUGUUGUGCAUGAGAUCCAGCGAUUCAUCGACCUUGUGCCCUCCAACCUGCCACACCAGGCCAACCAGGACACCACCUUCAGAGGCUACGUUAUCCCCAAGGGCACAGUUCUAAUUCCAACUCUGGACUCCCUUUUGUAUGACAAAGAGGAAUUCCCCGAUCCAGACAAGUUCAAACCAGAGCACUUUCUGAAUGAGGAGGGAAAGUUCAAGUACAGUGACUAUUUCAAGCCGUUUUCUGCAGGGAAACGAGUGUGUGUUGGGGAAGGCUUGGCCCGCAUGGAGUUGUUUCUGCUCCUCUCUGCCAUCCUGCAGCACUUCAGCCUGAAGUCUGUGGUGGACCCCAAGGACCUGGACCUCAGUAACACUGCGAUCGGCUUCGGCCGCGUCCCUCCUCACUACAAGCUCUGUGUCAUCCCCCGCUCUCAGGGGUAGCACCCUCCCCACUUCCCCAGCUUCCUUUUCUACCACGUAGUGUAGUCUCUGAGGGUCAGGCAUGGGAAAACACAGCCUAAGGUUUUCACAAAUAAAUUGCAUGAAACUCUGGAUCAGUUUAAAUCUCCUAGAAACAGUGAAGAAUUCAUUCUGAAAUUGAAAUAACUUCUGAAAACAUGCAUUGAUGCAGCCAUCAGACACAGCACCAACUGCAAGGAGCAGGGGCAGUGCU